GUCGUUGUCCAACAGAAUGCGCCUCCUUCGCGCACUCACUCACUCACUCGCAGUAGCAACAAGCAUGGCCCCUCCCAUUGCAACAAUCCUCGCUUGCGUCACGCUAAUCCCCUACUCCCUUCUUCGCCGCAUUGUCACGCUGCCUUCGCUCCUGCUCGCCCGACCCACUUGAACUGAACGUGUUGAAGUUUCCGGCACUUUUCAGUACCACAUUGCUGGGAUACUCGCCAGUUGAUCAGUGGAUCCAGUCAGUUUGGUUUUUCUGGGGAUAUUCGAUGAGAUAAUGUAGUAGGCUUGAAGAGGUAGGAAUCGGGGUGGUUGCGUAAGGGCGUGUUGCGGUUUGGAUUGCUGUUAUAGAUUAGGACUUGGGUUUUGGGAAAAGCUGGAAUUGUGGGUUGAUUGUUGGUAGCGAGGAGCUGCUCCUUCGAUAGUGCGAGAGGGAGGAGGAGGGGUGGAGAUGACUAUGGCGACGAUGGGCGUAGCAGCUUUGAGCGACUGUGCUGCUGCGUCUCUUGCUUCCCCUUUCGCGACGCUGACCUCCUUGCAUCGUUCCAAAACAGCUACUAGGAUUACACUCGACAGAGCAUGCCGGGAUUGGUCAUCACUGGCUGUGUUAACUCCCGGAAUGAAUCCUGCAAGACACACAAGAAGCAGGAAUUAUUCUGCAGAGAAAAAAUGCUGUCUGCAUCAAAUGCCUAUUACUGCAGCACAUAGGAAGGCAAGUCUGCGCGUUAGGAAGCAAGAAAGCGUCCCGUUAGUAACACUGACUGACAAUUCUGGAGUGUCACAUCACUUGAGCUCUUUCCUGCAGCAACCUGCUGGCACACAGUCCAUGCUCAACACAAGAGCCUUGAUGAGGUACGAGUAUGUGGGUGACGAUGUAUACUGGUGCUACCUGCCUAAAGUGACGCUGCUCAACUUCGAGGUUGCCCCCAUCAUCGACCUCUUUGUGGCUGCAAGUGAUGUGGACUGUCGUGUGGACAUGCGUCAAUGCUCGCUUGAAGAAUCACUUGAUAUGGCACGACACCCCCGAAGGAGAUCAAGUGCUCAACUUAAAAACCGAGCUGAGUGUUUCCUUGGAGGUCUACACCGUUCCUUUCACAAUGCUGCCUCUUUAAGCGGUGGAAGUUCCUGGCAAUGAGAUCAUGCAAACGAUGUUGGACUAGUUGUUUCCCUUGUUCCUGGACUCCCUAUUCUCGGACUACAAGAGGUGGGUGGAUGAGGAAGCAUUGGGUCUUGGGGUGAACACCAUUUCUCUGUCACCGACUCUGGGGUCAAGUCCCCACUUAGCAGCACCAGACUGCCAACCUUUACAAGUUUCUUCAUGAUUGGACUAGUGGGUAGAGCUUCUAGAACAGCAAUGCGUUGUUGCAUUGGUGUAGUUCAUUGCAACUAAUUCUUGCAAUUUGGCGGAUGUGGUGCCGAGUGGGUCUACAGAGUAGAAUGCCGCACUGGAUAAGAAGCCGAGGGAAUCAGCAUUGUAUAUACAAAGUUGUGAAUUUAGUGUUGUGAUUGUUCUUUCAUUGACCAAUGAAAUUGAGAAGCUGCGUAUUCCAUAUUGGCUAUGAUCGCAGUCAAACUUCAGCGUUGACUA